AUGAAGUCUGCAGUAGAAUUGGAGAAGGAAAUAAAAUUGGUGGAUGGAGAAUUACUUAAGGUAGAUUCAGAAAUAAGAAAAUUAAAAAAGGUACAGUUACAAUUACAAGAAAGAAAAGCUGCUCUGAGAUCUUCGCUAGAUCAGUUAAAGUCUGAAACUUUGUCUAGUGUAGAUUGGGCUGGUACUGAAUACGAGUGGACUCUAGAUGUAAACAAUACAUUACACAAUGUUUUUAAGUUAAAUUAUUUUAGACCACAGCAGCUAAGUGCUAUCAAUUCUACACUUUCUGGUCAGCACACAAUCGUUGUUAUGCCAACUGGUGCUGGUAAAAGUUUGUGUUAUCAGCUGCCUGCUUUGGUGAAACCUGGUAUAACUAUCGUUAUAUCGCCUUUAGUCUCAUUAAUGGAAGACCAAGUGAGAUCUUUAAAAAUCAGGAAUAUACCAGCCAUGUUAAUGACUAGUACUAGUCCAAAAGAAGAAACGCAAGCUGCGUUGAAUGUUCUUAAAGAUAAGGAUACAAGUAUCAAGUUGCUUUAUGUUACUCCAGAGAGACUUGCUAAGAGUAAGAGGUUUAUGUCAAACUUGCAAAAGUGCCAUAGUGAUGGCAGAUUACAAAGAAUUGCUAUAGAUGAAGUGCACUGUUGUUCACAAUGGGGCCAUGACUUCAGACCAGAUUAUAAAUUUCUUGGAAUCCUUUCCAAUAUGUUCCCUAAAGUGCCAAUAUUAGGACUGACAGCUACAGCCACCAGCCAUGUACUGAAUGAUGUACAAAAAAUACUUAAUAUCCCUGCCUGUUUAGUUAUAAAGUCCACCUUUAACAGGCCAAAUUUAUUUUACAAAAUAUUAGAAAAACCCACAUCACAAGAAGAAUGUCUCAAUAUUUUGGAGAAACUUUUAAAAUAUAGAUAUAAAGAUGAGACUGGUAUAAUAUACACAAACAGCAUUAAAGAUUCUGAAGAAUUGGCUAGUGGUUUACGUAAAAGGGGUCUAAAAGUAGGUUGCUACAAUGCAAAUAUGGACGCCAAAGAUAGAUCUAAAGUACAUUUGAAGUGGCAUGAUAAACAUUAUCAAACUAUAGUAGCAACAGUUGCAUUUGGGAUGGGCAUUGACAAACCUGAUGUCAGAUUUGUUAUCCACCACACUAUCAGUAAAACAAUGGAAAAUUACUAUCAAGAAAGUGGUAGAGCUGGACGGGAUGGCUUAAGAGCUGAAUGUGUUACAUUAUAUAGGAUGCAAGAUAUUUUCAAAGUUAGUGCUAUGGUUUUCUCCUCUGUGGGUGAUCUUGGUCACUUGUAUGGUAUGGUCAAAUAUUGUAUUACAGGAAAUAUUUGCAGAAGAAAGUUAAUAGCAGAACAUUUUAAUGAAGAUUGGGGAAGUGACGAUUGCAAUAAAAUGUGUGAUGUAUGCAGUGAGACAAAUUUGAAUACGAAAGAAAUAAACCUGGAAUCUUACUGUAGGACACUUUCUAGUAUAAUAGAUAACGCAGAUCAACAAGACACAAAGUUGACUGCUCAGAAACUACUUGAUGCAUGGUUUCUUAAAGGGCCAGUAAAUUUACGGCAUAAUGGUAAAAGUCCUGCUAUUUCAAGGACACUAGGUGAGGAUAUUAUAGCAUUUUUACUGGUUGAAAAUUAUUUAAUAGAAGAUUUUCAUUUUACUGCAUAUAGUACAAUAAGUUAUAUAAAAAAAGGACCUAAUAUAGAAUUUGCACAAGACAGUGAUUUCAGUCUGAAAAUGCCCAUAAGAAAAUAUACAACAUUUGAAUUAGAAUCUCGAGCACCCAGUUGUACUCUGACUAAUGCAAACAUCAAGAAUGUCACUCAAACCUCUAAUAACAAAUCUAGUAGUAGUAAAAUGAAGGAAAACAAUAAAACAAAAAUAACCAUGAAUGACAGUGCACCAAAACCAAAGAAAUCAAAACUUAUUAUCAUUGAUGAUGAAAGUGAUAGUUGA